GAUCGUUUAAGAUUAUUCUUUGUCUGUGAAAUACGGUCUGAGCCGUCUGAGCAGCGGCAUUUUUAUCUUUAUUUGGAAGUGGCUGAGAACGGCUGAGAAUAUUAAUUUGUGUGUUCGAUAAUAGUUUUAAUAUGAUACAGGGGGUGUGCUGACAUUUGUUUCGUUACAUCAUGGUACUGAAAGUUAAUCGAAUAUGAGCAAGGUGGAAGAAUUGGCGUUAGAUACGAAAGGAUGUGUGGUUUCAUAUUCCUCCUCCUCGUAUGGUGAUUACAACGGAUGUUCGUCGAAAAUAAUCGAUGGGCAAAGAAACACAUACUGGUGUACAACUGGUCUCUAUCCCCAAAGUUUUAUCAUAACUUUUCCAAAUCCAGUCAUUAUUUCUUUAAUUAAGAUUAGAAGCUAUUUAGUGCAGUUAAUCUCUGUGGAAAGAAGUUCUGCUGACGCUCCACAACGAUUUGAAAAUCUUUGUGAGACGGAACUUGACAUCACAGACCAUUGCCACCAAGUGAAGUUACUACAUGAAGCAAAAUUUAUUGCGCGCCAUCUGCGUUUCACAAUCAGAUCUGGAUAUGACCAUGUGUGUGCUGUGUAUAGAGUGGAAGUUCAGGGUGUCCACAAGUCAGGAGGAAAUGAAAUAAGAGGUGAUGAGUCCGAUGUACUAGAGUCUGGUGGACCACUGACCACUCCAAUAAGUAUGUCAAGUUUCCUACAGAGGGAUCAGCUGCUAACAACCAUUAAGAAAUAGAUGAAUUACAGGCUCUUAACUCUGACACUCUUGGAAGAAUGUUUCCCGUGCUCUGACUGGUGAAGCAAGAGCCACAGAUGCAUGAAGGUGCUGUCCUACUGUGAAUGUGUUAAGAGAUGCGAUGAAAAUCACAAAUCACUACACUGAUUAUAUAGCAUGUCUACAUGUAAUGAAGAACUGUCACCUUUAUAAGACAGGAGAAUUCAUUUCACUGUUUGUAACAUGUCAGUGCGGCAUCUUUCCUAGCUGUGUUCACAAUACAAUGGUUUAUAAAAUCCUUGAGGUCCCUGCUUCCCUCACCGUGUAAGCCUUUAGUUCUUAUAGGGAUUUCAUAAACCCCAGUGUAGGGCUUCUAGUCAGUUUCUUUAAUGGCUUAAGCCAUGUCUCAAGUUACUAAGAGGAUAAGGUAAUGACUCUUUGGUUGAGCCCUAUUCUCACAGAUUUUCCACUUGAUUUCAGUUUUUAAUUGUGAAUUACAGGCCUUGUGCCCUCAUACAAACCUUGAUUAUUAUAUCUCAGAUGCUACAAGCCAUUUUGACAAGUUUGGGGAAAUACUUGGCAUCAGCUGCUUUCAGCAGAUUCAUGUCAAUUUUCUUCUGAUUCUCAUCACAAGUCACUUACAUGGCUUUUGUUUGCUGCAGAAAUAAAUAGUUGCUCUACCACAAAAGUACAUUUUUAGAGAGUUAGUAGCUCAUCUGUAGGGUCCCAUCUCAGAAUCUGAACGUUUGCAGUGGCCUCUUUCACAAGUUCAUCACCUGAUUACACCCUUUCCAGAUGAUAUAACCAUGUUUAUUUAAAUUAAUUGGCACCUCCAAGGCUUCUUUUCAAUUCUUCAUGGAUUUAUAGCUUGCCUUUCUGUUUGGGAGUGAGUUUGUUAGAGUUUAGUAUUGGAGCUCUUGUUUCUUUGUCAGUCAUUGGUGUAAAAGAAGCUUCAGUUAAGAAACAGAAGUAUUGUAGAUGUUAGAAUACUUCUCAUCCUAUCACUCACCCACAGAUUAUAUAUGUUUUGUCAACUACUUCACUGACCUCAUACCAGGGAGAGACCCACAUAUAAUUUUAUUUCAGAAUUUGAAGUGUGCUUCACAUAUAUCUGUCUCCUGUAAUUUUCCUUCACAUUAACGAAAUGCUAUGCAAGAAACAGUUAUAUGCAGAAUGUCGUAAGUAAAGAUGUAUACCAAAAGGUCUUAAAACGUCUUGUGUAUGUGACCCAUCCCUUGACUCCUUGAAGCUGUGUUACAGCACUGGGAUCAGAUUAAAAAAUGUAUGAUUUAUUUUCGUUUUGAAUUCUUACCUUGUCUUUUUGAAGGUAAGUAGAAGUGGGUGAUUUGUUACACUAUGAAUCCUUUUACACAUGGAGGUACACCACUGCCAUGCCACCAUGGUCAAACCACCAUUCUGUAUAGUUAAGUUAUAUGAAACGUUUCACACUGUGUGGCCAUCUAAAUGUAUUGUGACAUGAUGCCUGAAAGGUGGAAUAGUUCAUUGCUAGGCAGUGGCUUGGUAAACAUUCCUGUGAAAGCGAAUGUGCACAACAGCAGAAGAAUGGUGUUUUCUGUGGUCAGCGCCACCAUUGUUGCUACACAGUGGUGUGGUAAACAUAUCUCUGCAGCAAUGAAUCAACACAAUAGAGAAAGCUAUGAUUUCUUUGGGUGCCGCCCCGAGGCUAUAUAAUGAGGAUCUCGGGCAGCUAGAAAUAGAAUUAAUAGUGCCUCCAGAGUUGGCAGUUGGCAGAAUAGUUGAGAAGAAAUGGUGGGAAAGGAAUUAGGCUGUGCAAAGAAAACUUCAUAGUGUGCUGCAUUUACCGGGAGACUUAGAAUCUGUUUCUAGGAUAUGACUAGUGAAGACUGAGGAUGUUGGUGUGUAUGUGCAUGCACAUACGAGAAAGAGAGAGACACACACACACA